AUUCAACAAAGAGUGCGCUCGCGAGAAAAUGCGUGCUUUUGUGCCUGCAUAGAGCAAAGCUGUCGCCUCAACUCAUGAUCAUGCUGCAGAAAGAGUACCCUCUCGAUGGCGGACUCAUGGGCGUGGUCACUGUGCUGGUGAUGGACGUGCGCAUUGGACCAAUCAGCGCCCGUUGUAAGUCGCGCUUGUCUAAACGGUAUAACCUAGUCGGAGGCACUUCAUAAUAGGUCUUUAAUUGGUGUUUCGGCACGAUCUCCGAUGAAUCCACGUAAAGAACCAUUUUUUUUCAUACUGUUCUUCCUCCUCAGUUCUCACCGGGACGUGAAUCUGGAGAUAUAAAUAAAACCAUUCUCGCUCUCUCGACACCAAGUUUUUCACGAGUGCACCAAGGUUGGGAAUGCGCGCACGGUGGCAUUGUUUUUUCUCCCACUCUCUCUUCCCUCUGUACUUCACCCCAAAAAGCGAGAUCUCUACUCUGGACUUGAGAAGUUCGUCGCCGACAUCGUUCGAUUUUGUCGCCCCCUUGGAAGUUUGUUAGCGGCUGAUUGUAGGCUUGUUUCUUGACUCUCUCUUUCUCUCGGUGGUGGUGACAAGUGGGAAUGAUGUAUGACGGUAGCGAGGAAUACCUCAACCAUCAUCGUGCCCGGGCUCACGCCUUUGCUCUCAACAGCAUCGUGCCCCCAGCACCUAGGAGCUUCUCCUACCCAGGUCUACCCAUGCAGUCGUCGAAUCAUAAUUCGUUGGGAUUCUCAGACCGGAGCAGUCACUUUGGAGAUUUCACCCCGCUGCCAGCCCCGCCAAGCGACCACAAGACCGCUGCUGCUGCCGCGGCUACCCAGCAGAUGAUGGCGGCGGCAGCAGCGAUGCGCCCGCCAGACCUGUCGGCCCAGAACCCUGCCACCAAAGACAUCAAGGUGACGCUAGAAGGAAGGGAGCUCUGGACCAAGUUUCAUGAGAUCGGAACCGAAAUGAUUAUCACAAAAGCGGGAAGGCGGAUGUUCCCGACCUUUCGUUGCAGCAUCACGGGGCUGGAGCAGAAUGCCAAGUACAUUCUCCUCAUGGACAUUGUCCCCGUGGAUGACACCCGUUACAAGUACCACAACUCGGAAUGGGUGGUGUCCGGUAAAGCAGAACCCCACAUGCCCAGCCGGCUCUACAUCCACCCGGACUCUCCGGCCACCGGGGCGGUCUGGAUGAAGCAAGUGGUCACCUUCCACAAGCUCAAGCUGACCAACAACAACUUGGACCAGCACGGACAUGUGAGUAGCAUUAUCAUUCUAAAUUCGAUGCACAAGUAUCAACCCCGUUUUCACAUCGUGCAGGCAAACGAUGUGUUCAGUCUACGAUGGAACAGCUUCGUGACUUUUGCCUUCCCCGAAACCACCUUCAUCGCCGUCACAGCCUACCAGAACGAAAAGAUUACCCAACUCAAGAUCGACCAUAAUCCUUUCGCCAAAGGCUUCCGGGACAACGGAAUGGCAAGAAGGGGCUCACGGCUGGCUCUCAAGCGAUCCAACUCCAAGAUGGAUGAGCUGGACGAGGAGAAGAAGGACGUAAAUGAUAACACUGGCAGUGAUGGAGGGAAAGGAGAUUAUUCGGUCACCAAGAAGGAGAAGUCGGAUAACUGCGGGCUUCUCUCUGACCUCGGCUCGACCACGGGCAGCUCUAGCGGGGAAGCUUCUGGCAGUCAACUGACUUGUACCUCACCGGACAACGGCGUUGGAUUCAACGUCGAUAUCUUGGGACAUCAGUCGGACGCAAUGAGUGACGACCUGACGAAAUCGCGAUCCAUGUCGAAGACGGGAUCGUCUAUGGGUCAACCGAAGCGGAGAUUGAGCGGUAGCGGACUAGGUGCGAUCGAUGGCGGCGUGAACGGUUGCGAUGCGAGGUUGUCUGAUUAUAACACGGGAAAUGGAAUGGUCGAUACGUUAUCGCCCUGUUACACGCAGGACGGUGUCAUGGAUGACAACGGACUCGGCUCGGUGCAGCCCGCCACCGCGCUCGCCGUCGCCCAAAUGGCAAAAGACAGUGUUCAUCCGAGCUACUCAGCGAGAUCGAUGACCACGAUGGGUGGGAUGCAGAGUCCCAGUUACUGUUCAGGACAAGGCAUGGGGCUUCAGGGUUCGAGCGGCAUGUACAUGCAGUCAUUCGAGCCGCACACGACGGCGACAUCCAUGUACAACACGAGCAAUACGGGUUAUCACCAUCAUCACUCUUCCAGCGGAAUCGGGAGCCAUCUCCACGCCGCGCAGCAAGCCCAGGCGCAUGCGAGACACCUCGCGCAGCAGUCAUCCUUCCCGACAUGCAAUAGCAUGUCAUCCAUUCACGCAUCCGCUCAAUUCCUGCAUCACGGUAGUCAUAGCAACCCGACAGACGCCAUGAGUAUGAACAUGAACAUGCAUAUGACCAAUCAUCCGUUCCCAUCGCACUCAAUGAAGUUUCCCGUCUGAGAAAACAUAAGUCAAAGAGACGGACUGAACUCAAACAGACUAUUCGACAAAAACGAUUUUGUAAAUUUAUCCUUGUACAAAAACUCUAAUAGCGAGAUUGGAUCAUUGUGGUCUAUCUGAUCUACACGAAACAAGCAUUUCGGGGAUUAUUGUUACGUAGUUCAUGUUUAAUGAUGUUCUUUCUUUUUUAAUGCAUUGGUUUGAUAUUUUGUGAGUUUAUUGAGUUGAUAAUGCUUCGUGAAAUAAAAUGUUUAAAAGAAAAUUUAUAAUAUUCUGGAAGGAACGUUCUGAGAGAAACUUUUAUAGUGAUCUUUUACCUGCAUUAUUCAUUUUGUUUUGUCCACCUUAAUUUUGUGUUUUUCUUUCUAAAAGAUAAUGUCAAAAUGCAUUUUAUUAUUCUUAUUCCACCAUCUUCAUUUUGUCAGCAUAUGCGUAAUUCAUUCCUCUCAGUCAGUUUAUAGCAUUUCUUUUCUCUUGUCCAUUUUCAUUCAUAAAUGUUCAUUAAGCUUCUCCCAGUCUUAAAGUCUUUCUCGUCUGCCUUGCCACCAUUCAUAUUCCCGUUGCUUGCUCACUCUUUAUCUAUCUCAACAACUCAGUAUCCCGUGGAGUUAGUCUUAUAUUUUGGUAACGAACAAAAAAAAACAUUUAAAAGAAUUAUGCCAGACUUAUAACAAGUACUUAAAAGAAAACAAGAUAAACAGGACAAUCAGUCUGAUAAUCCCGACAAAUAAAACACAUAUUCCCAUCAUAAUUAGUAUUCGUUCGUUCGUUAGUUUAUUCAUUUCAUUUUCAUAAAAAACACAGCAAAUGCAAAUAAACAUACAAGUAUAUAUUAUACAAAGAGUGUUCAGUUCAUACGAAAACUUCAAUUGAAAUGAGAGAACAUAGGAAAAGCUAUAUGGUUUCUGUCCAGAGGUUGUACUCAUAUAAAGUUCUCCUAAAGUUUAUAUCAUAUUUUCCGGCCGGUGCUGACGACCAAUAAUUUAUUGAAUGAUAAAUUCUAGAAGACGGCGUUAAACUGGCUGGUAUGAAACGCACUUCCUAUAACAGAACUCGAAAUACUACAUUUGCUGUUGCGAUGGAGACCUGUUUGGAUACAAACACGUGUAUGAUGAUUUGAAUAAUGACUAUUAUCAAGUCCACUCUCCUUUGAAAUUAUAAAUGUGAGUUCAAACAUAAAACGAAUUGCUCAUCCCAUUUUUUUUUUAUUAGACUAGCUUCAGAACACUGCAUUGUAAUAUUCCACCUUCUAAAUAUACAUUAUAUUAUUUGAGUUUUUUUCUAUUUAUUCACUAUAAAAAGUUCAAAAUGUUUAUUUCUUUCAUUAGUUUCUACAAGGGCAGAAAUAUUAACCAUGCUUUAACAUUUUAAAGAAAUUGAAUUAGAGUUUUACUUACUCGAAAAAUGAUAGUAGGCUUAAUUUGUUUUAGAAGAAACCUAUUUCAAGCACUGAUUUCACCACUAUCUACCUUUUUCAAUUGUUCCAGUUAUCAUUUUUUUCAAGUUUUGCGUGGAUUUUUAUGGAAUAUUUCUGUUAAAUAACAUUAUAAAAACAUAAUUAAGAUGAUAACAUUAGGCGGUUGAAAUACGGUUGAGUUCAAAAUAGAAUCCGUAACUGUUAUUUAGAAUUUUCUGAUCCAUUUACGAGAAAUAUUGAAAAUCAAGAUAACCGUUAUAUAUAUUUGUCCUGUUCUCAAUAUAUGCGAUGUAAUCGCAAAUGCUUUUAAAUGAUCAGGGAAAGUGAAUCUAUAUCUGUCUAAUUAAUGUUCGUUUGCGUCUACGUAGGCUUUCUUUAAUAAGAAGCAGAAGAGUUUUGUAAAUAUUUAUUUCCAAGUAAUAGUCAUGUAAAUUCUGUUGCAACUAAUUUAUUAAAGGUUUUUAAAACCUUAAUGCUCUUUGUAACCCUAGAAAAUUUAAUAUAAAUGAAAUUAUUGCUUUGACAUAAUUAUGUAUAGUUCAUGUUUUUAUCUGCUUUCAUUUUUUUUUGCACUUGAGCUGUCGUUCAUGUACUUUUUUGUUGUUCAAGUAUGUAGAGAUUAUUUCGAGGAAGAAAAUACUCAAACUUAGAAUCAAUAUGAAGAGAGAAUUAUGAGAUGGACUAAAUCUGUAAAUUACCGACUUCUUGCUCGAUUUAUUGAGAUCAUUUUAUUUGGCUUUAGUUUAUAUAAGAAAGAUGUGUAAAAGUUUAAACUCAACAGAAAUGGUGCCGUAUCGUAGCAUAAACGUGUUUUCAACUAUUUAUUUAUACAAUUACCAGUACGACUUAAACUGGUUUAUAGCAAAGGUUUUAAGUAUAAUCCGUUAUUUCGUUUCUAGUUAAAGCAUACAUUCCACGUAUGAUUUUGGUAGAAGGAUAUCAUUUUAUUCAAUUUUCUCUCUUUUUUCUCGAAAUGAGCUUUGAAAGUGCAAUCAUUCAUAAGAAUUCUACUCAAAGUAUGAAAAUUAUGAGAGUUCAGAAUAUGUUUGUAUAAAUAUCUUUAGCCUAUCUGCUUUAGAAAUAUUGAAUUUGUAUGUAUAUAAUAGGUUUGAUAGCAGAUACGAGACAUUACAUUUUUUGCUGUUAUUGUUAUUUGUGAAUAUAUUAACCGAGAAAAUUGAAA